AUGGAUGAUCCUCCACUCAAAGACUAUGCCCCCCAUGGUGACGAUGAUGCGCAGUUGGCCCAGAUGGGUCACAAGUCGGAGUUGAAACGUCAAUUCUCCUUGUUGUCCAUGUUGGGUCUUGCCUUUGCGAUUUUGAAUUCAUGGACGGCUUUGUCUGCUAGUCUUUCCCUCAGUCUCCCAUCGGGUGGCAGUUCUAGCGUUGUCUGGGGCUUGGUUACUGCCGGAAUUUGUAAUCUGUGCAUGUCCGCCUCACUCGCCGAGUUCCUUUCCGCCUAUCCCACUGCUGGAGGUCAAUACCACUGGGUGGCUGUGAUUUCCUGGGAGAGAUGGAUGCCCAUCUUGUCAUGGAUCACCGGCUGGGUGAACUGUGCUGGCUGGGUCGCGCUAGUAGCUACCGGUGGACUGCUAGGUAGCCAGCUCGUCAUUGGCGUGAUUUCGCUGAUGCACCCCAGCUACGAAUCCGAGCGGUGGCACCAAUUCCUGAUCUAUGUUGGCUACAACAUUGCGGGAUUCCUCAUUAAUGCCUUUGGUAACAGCAUUUUGCCUUAUUUCAACAAGGCUGCAUUCACCUGGUCGCUUACUGGCUUCGCUGUCAUUUGCAUCACAGUCCUUGCCUGUGCAGCGCCAGACUUCAACUCUGGAGACUUUGUUUUCCGCGAGUUCUACAAUACGACAGGAUGGCCCGAUGGCGUUGCCUGGCUCCUUGGACUUCUGCAAGGAGGACUUGGUGUCACUGGAUUUGAUGGCGUUGCACACAUGAUCGAAGAAAUCCCCAACCCCUCGGUUGAAGGACCUAAGAUUAUGAUCGCAUGCGUUGGUAUUGGUACAGUGACUGGUGUUAUCUUCCUCGUCGUUCUGCUCUUCGUGGCGGGCAGUAUUACGGAUAUCAUCGAAUCUUCUGCAGGUCCACUUUUGGCCAUUUUAUACCAUGCAACUGCCAACAAAGCCGGCGCCAUUUGCCUGUUGAUCUUCCCUCUUGUUUGCAUGUUGUUCGCCACUACUGCUAUCAUGACUACCAGCAGUCGUAUGUGCUAUGCAUUUGCACGUGAUGGUGGUUUACCUGCAUCGCGCUUCUUCUCUAAAGUCCAUCCUGGGUUGAAGGUUCCUCUGAAUACACUCUACCUCAAUCUUGCUCUGGUCAUCAUCUUCGGCCUGAUCUUCCUCGGCUCUUCCAGCGCUUUCAAUGCUAUUGUCUCGGCUUCAGUGGUCCUUUUGGAUCUUGCCUACGGCAUUCCGAUCGCAAUCAACUGUAUUCGAGGACGCAACACACUUCCUGAGAGAUCCUUCGUUCUACCCAAUGUCCUUGGCUGGGUGUUGAAUAUUAUUUCGUUGGUCUACGUUUCCCUCACCACUGUCCUCUUCCUCUUCCCUCCAGAACUGCCUGCCACUGGCAGCAACAUGAACUACUGUGUCGCCGCAUUUGGUAUUGUGUUUGUUAUCUCUUCAAUCACCUGGAUUGUAGACGGUCGGAAGAAUUAUGUCGGCCCCCGGAUCGAGGUAGAGGUCCUCUCUGGAGAAGUCGGUGAUCACCCACAACAACCGAUUCCAAUGGUGGAACAGAAGAAAUAA